GAAGCUCGGGAGGGAAGUUGGUGAGAUGGAAGCGUGGACGCACAUGAAGCUGGUGACGCCCGGUCCGAACGAGCCUCGGCCCGCGCCUGAGAUGUACUACGGCAAGGCCAAAGAGAGCAAGGAAAAAUACUGCGAGGAGUACGCCAAGCUCCAUCCAGAGGUGGAGGACCCUAUGACCGAGCCGGUCGACGAGGUGGCGAUGAUGCUGGCGGGGUCCGGCCAACCGCAUGGACGUCCUGCCUGCCUUGCUGGGGGUUUCAAGCCUCAGAGGAACUUCACGCAGAUCAAGGCUACCCUCCCCUCCGGCAGCUACGCUACCUCCUCGCGGACUACAUGCCGUUCUCGGGUAGAGGUAGAUACUCAGCUCGAGGAGGCCUAUGCAGUAGCUUACGAGGAGUAUCUCGAGAAGAUUAAGGAGCAUGACCUUGUGAAAGAUGCCUAUGUCCAGUGGACGAGCAACCAGAUGGCGGUAAGUUUCAAUCUCUAUGGUUGCAAAACAUCAUAAGUCCCCAUGUUUGAAUCUGAGCUAUCUCUCCCGUUUCUUGCAGAGUUUCACUCGGUUCAUGAUGACUGGAGUGCGAGAGGAACCACUCCCAGAGCCACCUCAUCCGGGGCCG